AAUUCAUAAUUACUAAAUGGUUUCAUUUUGCUUCAUUCAAAUAGCCACAAACUUCAAUUCAUGACCUCAUUUGCCAUAAAUUCGACUCGUGACGUUAUUUUAUGCCUGUUUUGUUGAAACGUACUAUAAUUGUAUCUUUUCCCUCGUUUCAAUUAUUGUUUUAAGCUCAGCAGCAAAUAGUAAAAAUUAAUUAGAAUCAAAUUACCACGGCUUACCACCAAAAAACGGAGGCUAUUAAUGGGCGCUUUGUUUUUCUAACUGCGUGCAUUUUUUUCCUUGUAUUAUAUAUAUUUUUAUUCGCGUUGCUGUUUUACUCUUACGUAGUGGUUUUCAAUUCCCCAUUUUUGACUUGCACGUGGUGUAUGUCAGUGUAUGUGUGUUCUAGUUUUGAUGUGCCACUAAUGCGCUAGGCCGCCUUGUGUUUUUACAACACACAAUUUUUUUUUAUCCUUUUCGCUGUUUGAUUGCGUCCUACUGUCUUUGUGUGUGUGUGUAUACAUAUAAACAUACAACUUUGAUUGCACCCGCAAAAAAAGUUACCUCAAAGCCAUUUCGCCUACUGAGGAAGAAAGAAAAUCUCUCACAAAUGGGUGACAACUAAGCUACAAGACAGCCAACGGUCCACUACAAGCUUAACUUAAUUUGAACUUCCUGGCGCGCACAAUUGGAACCAAGUAGAAAUUUAAUAACCCACUGAAAAAUUUGAUUAUUCAAAAAUACCCACAAAUUGAAUAUUCCCACAAAUUGUAAAUUGGUCCAAUUUAAAUGGCAGCUUAUAAAAUUUGUCUGUAUUUUGUCCUGGUUUCCAACUGUUUAUUUUCGGCGUCAGCUUACCAUGUUUCUGAGUUCGAAUAUUAUGGGUCAGAGCAAGUGAUGAAAGAGCUGCUGAUUCCCUCAUUUGAAACCCACGGAUCCUACGACCACCCAUCUCAAUUCGCGUACUGCAGAGCCACCCCGGUCAGUGCAGCCGUGCAGAUCAAUGACGUAGUUGAGCAUCCAGUUGCAGAAUCCAGUUUGGACGGAGACGGUGGAAACACCAUCAAAGAAAUUGAAGUAUUCUUGUGCAGUGAGAUCGCAAGCAGCCAAUUAGUUUCUUGCGACACUCCACAACAAAUCAGCAAAUUAUGUCAAAACGCUGAGCUGACCAAUCCUUCGUCAACAGCCCGAUCAAAUAUCUGGCAUGCAGAUGCAAUAAUGCUGCGAGUUAUUUACUACACGGAAAAAAUAGCCAAAGUACCAGCAGUCGGAAUAAUUUUCAGCGAGUUCGCUUAUGAAAACGAAAAGUCUCUUGUCGAAGGCCCACCCAAAGGUUCCGAGAGUUUCCUUGACAACCCAGCGUGGAACAGCAUUCGAUCGAACCCGGAACCCGAAGUAAAGCGAGAUGGUUUGUGGCAACUUAAGUGGAAAUCUGGUGCAAUCGGCCAGACUUCAGGGGUGUCAGUUCUGGACGAGGAGUUCACAUAUGUAUUCCACAGGGGCGAUCGAGCUUGGGGUAUAAACACGUUUGAUCGCCACUUUAAUGUCCAGAACAAGACCAAAAUCAACACGGAUACGAUUCUCAAAUGCAAGGUCGAAACCGGUGAAUGUGGUUCAUCUUUCGGGAAAAACCAAUUCCUGUUACCGCAUGGAAUAAGCGUAACUCCUGACAAGAAACAUCUGCUGGUUACGGAUGUUGGCUCCCACCAGGUGUUGAAACUCAAUAUUCAAUCCGGUGAUGUUGAGAUGACGCUGGGAACUUUUGGUGAGCCCCUACAAGGAGACGAUCCGAACUACUUCUGUCAACCUGCUGAUGCUGAGAUGGACGCAAAGAGCGGUCUUAUUUUUGUAGCUGAUGGCUACUGCAAUAAAAGAGUGGCAGUUUUCACCGGAGACGGAAAGUUCAAAACGAGCAUUAAAGGAUGUUUCGGACAAGAGUUCAGAGUGGCACAUGAUUUGGCUAUUGACGAAGCCAACCGAAUGCUCUUUGUAGCCGACAGAGAAAAUGACCGAAUAUGUGUCUACAACAUCAGCUCAAACUCAUUCGGAAAAGAAUUGGACGUUAUCGAAACUGGGAGCUCGGUAUACGCAGUUGACUACAACAUCGGCAAUUUGUACUCAGCCGAGAACAAACGAGAGGCGCGAAAAGCGUUUGGAGUCGUAAUGCCGACUGUUAAAGAGGGCAAGGUCACCAUGUUUUCGGAUUCCAACAUGCAAGAUCCUCACGACUUGUCCGCUUUUGACAACAAGUUCAUUUUCGUCAGUGAUUUGAAAUCCGAAGCCAAGGUGUUCAAAUUCAUCUACACCAAAUAAAUUUGAGCUCAAGCUUUUCCUAUGACAACAAGCUAACAGAGCUGAUAAUAUCAGUCAAACUCAAUCACUUACUUGUUAUCGCGAAACACCCUUUGCUGGCGACUAAAGCAAAGUUUAUAGCCAAAAUAUUUUGAAGUAGAAUAAUUUCAAUUUAUCAUUUCUGCAACAAA